AUGUAUCCUAUCUCGGCAGAUCGUUCGGAGUCAAAUGUAGAACUUGACCAGGAGAAAUACAGAGAAGGUGAAGUGCCUGCUCAGUUGGAGGGUGCCCUAAAAGAACUGCGGCUUAGCGACAGCCACCGCGAAUACCUUGUCUCCCGGCAUGGCAGACUGGACCUGGAGCCUUUACCGUCCAUGUCUCCCGACGACCCUCUCAAUUGGCCGACCUGGAGGAAAAAUACUCAAGCACUUUUAGUCGCUUUCCAUUCUAUGAUGUGCACCUUUAUGGCUGCUGGAAUUAUUCCUGCCGCCAAAGUGUUUGCCGAAGAAUAUGGAGUGUCGGUACAUACGUCAGCCUAUCUAACUUCCAUCCAGAUUGCGGUUAUCGGAAUUGUACCAUUUAUCUGGAACCCAAUCGCCGCUCGAUACGGACGACGACCCGUCUUCAUGAUAUCGGUUUUGGGCAGCGCGGUUUGUAACAUUGGAGGAGCAAGAUGCACAUCCUUCGGUGCCCAGUUAGCGACUCGUGCGCUGACAGCAAUGUUCAUAUCGCCCCCCAUUGGUAUUGGGAGCGGUGUCAUCACAGAGUUAUAUUUCAACGAUGAACGCGCAACGAAGAUGGGUUGGUGGACGCUUCUGCUCACCCUUGGGGUUCCCGUGGGCCCAUUCCUCAUGGGUUUCGUCGUCAAACAUGCCGGCGCCUUCUGGAUGUUCUGGAUAUUUGCGAUCAUAAAUCUCUGUCAACUCGUCGCAUAUAUAUUCUUGGGUGGCGAAACUCUUUUCCCUCGUGAAGACGUGAUUGCUGGCAAACCUAUACCCAAGGGGGGCCGGUUGUCUUUCAGCCGUAUUGACCCAACCCCAUUCUCACUGCGUGGAAUCUUUGCACCUUUGUUCAUGGCUCGCUACAUCGAUGUAAUGAUCCCUAGCAUUGCGUAUGCUGUUGUGUUUUGUUACGCUGGCGUUGCAGUUACUGUUGAAAUGCCCAGUGUAUUUGGAGAGCGUUAUCAUCUCGACCCUCAGCAGUUAGGAUUACUCUUUAUUUCUAUCAUCAUCGGUGGUGUCCUGGGCGAAGUGCUCAGUGCACCCCUUACCGACCUUUUCCUGGAGAAAUAUCAGGCCUGGGUCGGUUACAAACUCCCUGCAAACCGUCUAUGGGCCUCCUAUAUAGGGUUUUUGACUGCCAUUGUCGGACUUCUUGUAUGGGGUAUUCGGGUCGAGCAAGCGAACAAUGGGAUUUUCAAUGUCACUCCCCUUGUUGGAGCCGCGAUUGCGAGCUUCGGUAAUCAGGUGGUUACUACGGCUCUUAUUUCCUUUUCUGUUGAAUGCCAUCAACAGGAAGCUGCUGGCGUUGGAGUUCUAGUUAACCUCCUUCGUCAAGAAAUCGGUUUUGUCGGGCCAUUCUACUUUCCUCUGAUGUUCAAGAGUUUGAAUUUUGCAGGGUCCGCUGGGCUCAUGUGUGGCAUAAUAGUAGCGUUUGCCGUUCUUCCAGUUGCGGCUUUGCACUGGGUCCGAACUAAAGCCCGAUAA